UGCUGUAUUGACAAAAUGAAGGUACUAGUUUUCACUUUUGCAAUUAUUGCUUCCACUUUGGCCACAGAGCCUUUCAAAUAUGUCCAACACGGAGUCCAUUUCAGGAAGCUGUUCGUGGAUCCAGCUGGGUUGGACAAAUCCACUCCAAUCCAUCCAAGGAUCAUCAACGGCGAGGAAGCCGAACCCCAUUCCAUCCCCUACCAAGCAUGGCUGACUAUCUCAGGAACUGGAGGUAAAUGGCUUUGUGGUGGUUCUUUGGUCUCAAAGAAAUUCGUCCUUACUGCCGGACACUGUCUCGACGGUGGCUCCAGCGUAGAAGUUCUCUUGGGCGCCCACGACAUCACCACAACUGAACCAACUCAAGUCAAACUGACCAGCACCAAAUUGACAGUUCACCCUCAGUACGACAUCAACACCAUCAGUAAUGACAUUGCCAUCUUGGAACUUGACGAACCCGUCGAACUCACUGACGCCAUCCAAACCGUUCAGCUGCCAACUCGCAAAAACAUCGGUGAUCUGUACGAAAACGAACCGUGCAAAGUGAGUGGAUGGGGAUUGACCGACGGAUUCGGCAACACCGUCUCCCCAGUCCUUAACUACGCCGAGAGUACAAUCCUUCCUAACAGACAAUGCAAGUCCAUCUUUAGCAUUCUCCUGGACUCUGAAAUCUGCAUGUCUGGCGCUACCGAUAAGUCUUCCUGUAACGGUGACUCCGGCGGUCCAUUGACUGUUGAUGGCGUCCAAGUGGGCAUCGUUUCCUACGGUAUCAGAUAUUGUUUGUCUGGAUAUCCAUCAGCUUUUACCCGAGUGACGAGCUACUUGGAUUGGAUCGAAGAAAAUUCCGAUUUGGACCUCUCGACCAAAUUGAUAAAAAAUGGAGUUCACUACAAGAGAAUGUUGGUGCACCCAAUAAAGUUUCAACAGGGUACUGCAGUUCAUCCCAGAAUUAUAAAUGGAGAUGAAGCUGUUCCGCAUUCAAUCCCAUACCAAGCUUUUUUGACAUUCACAGGACCCCAGGGUAGUUGGUUGUGUGGAGGAUCUUUGAUUUCAGAGAAAUAUGUGUUGACUGCUGGACACUGCGGAGAUGGAGCAACAAGCGUUGACGUUCUGCUAGGUGCCCACGACAUUAUCACUACGGAAGACACCCAAGUCAGAGUGACCGCCACCAAAAUAACCGUUCACGACGACUGGAAUGAAAGCACCAUCACCGACGACAUUUGUUUAAUAGAACUGGACGAACCAGUCGAAUUAACCGAAGCCAUACAAGUUGUGAAACUACCCUCACGCAGCGACGCCUCCGAACUGUACGAAAACCAGCCCUGCAAAGUAAGUGGCUGGGGAUUGACCGACGGUUUCGGCAACAGCGUGUCACCGGUACUAAAUUAUGCCGAGAGCACGAUAUUGUCGAACAAACAGUGCCGACAAUACUUCAACAUUUUGGUCGACAGUGAAAUCUGCAUGUCCGGAGACGACGAGAAGUCCGCCUGCAACGGGGACUCGGGCGGUCCGUUGACCGUUGAGGGUGUUCAAGUAGGCAUUGUGUCUUACGGGAUUAUGUGGUGUCUGCCCGGAUAUCCAUCCGCAUUCACCAGAGUCACCAGCUAUUUGGAUUGGAUACAAAAUAACACAAAUAUUGUUAUUAACUAGGUUGAUGUUUAGCGAAUUUAUUGAUUAAUAAUUAAAAUAAUAAUUCAAAUGUAAAAAUUAAUCUCUUUAAUAUACAGUAGUGGCCAGUACGAUUGUUGUGUCUGCUAUGCAAAUGAUCAAUCUAA